AUGCCUUCUUCAAAGUCGUCAUAUUUCUAUAUCCUCCUUCUCUCCCUCCUAACCUUCACCUCCGCCUCCAUCCUCGCCAUCACAAUCCCACCCUCAAACCUAUUACCGAACCCCAAUUCCCUCCCAGCUUCCACACACGCGACCCUCACUACCCUUCAUUCCUCUCCUUCCUCAUCUUCGUCUUCAUCGGCCUCCGGAGCUUCUGCGCCCGCUCGCCUCCUCAAAGCACCACUAUCACGCAAAUCAAAUUUCGUAUUCAAGUUCCCCUCGGGACAGGCUCAGGGACCACAGUCAUUCCUCCUCGAUAUCCACUCACGGGACUAUAUAUUUGCGCCGUAUCGCGUCGAUGUCGAUGCGGAGGGUAGUGUAGUGGGCGUGUGGGAGACCUUCAGGGGGAAUGCGUGGGAGAAUCGCGGAGUGGAGAAGGGCAUGAUUCAGGUUGAGAAUGCUGUGGUUGUUGAGGCGAAGGUGAUGGGUAAGAGGACAUUUUAUGAAGAGAGGGUCGGGUUUUCGCCGUUGAGCAUGUUAAAGAACCCGAUGAUUCUACUCGUAGUCUUUGCUCUUGGUGUGACUGUUGGGAUGCCUUAUCUGAUGGAAAUGAUGGAUCCAGAGACACGUGCGGAAUUUGAAAAACAAUCCCGCAAGGGCCGAAACGCUGCGGCAAAUGAUAUAAAUGCCAGAGGGGCCGCUGGUGCUGGCCGUGGAGCGGGAGCGGGAGCGGGAGCUGGAGGGUUUGACCUGGCUGGGUGGAUGGCAGGGACGAGCCAGGGACCAAUGGCCGCUCUGGAUUCGACAAUGAAAGCGGCUGCGAGCGGAAGAGAAGCCGGAUCGGGAUCAGGAGUGCGGAGGAGGCAUCGCAUCGUGUCAAGAUACUACUAUAUCGAUUGCAGAGGCAUGCCAUUCGCACCCCCAGCCGGUCCUCCACCUCCCCGUGUCCCCGAUGGCUGGGUAGUGCAGUUCGAUGAUAAGUACAAGGAAUGGUUCUACGUCAACUUGAAAACUGGCAUUUCUCAAUGGGAACGACCUCCAGUUCCUGAUACACUUCCACCGUCAUACGACCAAGCAUCUCCAGCGACGACCGGUGAUCCAGCCACCACUGCUACUGCUGCUGGUGACGAAGCUGCAACAGGCGAUGUUAUGAAGACAUCUACCAUUACCACCUCCUCGUCCACACGGCUGGAACUGGGAUCGAAUAACCCAUAUAAUCCAGCGCGGAGUAGGAGCCCUUCGGGACCCGCUACCCGUACAACUGCAGAUAGCCAGAUGAUAGAUGAAGAUGCCAAGUUAGCCGCAAAGUUGCAGGCGGAGGAGGAUGAACGAGCACAACAGGGACACGAACAAGGGCAGCAAAAAUAUGCAGGCAGUCCACCGUCACACCCGCAACUUCCACCACAGCAACAAUAUCAACAACAAGAACAACAACAACAACACCCCCAUUCAUCGCCGCCGCCGCCGCAGCAUUGGCAGCAACCACAAGAAACAAAAAGAUCCAGCGGCGGCGGCUUCUUCGGCAAACUAUUAAACAAAGCGUCCGCCAAAGUCCAUCACGGCAGCAGCAACAGCGGUAGUGGCAGCGGUUUUGCCCCCCCGCACAACUACAACCAACCAUACCAACAACAGCCAUAUCAACAAUAUCAGCCGUCCCCGUACCCGGGCCCACACGGAUAUAACGGCUACCCGCCCGGGGCCGCCCCCGCCGGCGGUGCCCCCUUUUAUGGCCCGCAGCAGCCAUAUGCGCCAGGACCACCGCCGAAACAGCGAAAGAGAUUUGGCGGCAUUGGGCCCGGCGGAGCCGCGGCGCUAGGCCUUGGUGGUGGCUUGUUGGGCGGUGCGUUGUUGGCGGAUGCGAUUGGUGAUCAUUAUGAUUAUCAGGAGGGGUAUGAGGAUGGACUGGCGGCGGGGGAUUUCGGAGGGGGUGAUUUCGGAGGAGGGGAUUUUUGA